AUGAAGGAACCGACCGACCAAGGACAGAUCCGUGUGCCCCUCCCGAGUCCGUUGUGGCCUAUGGCGUGGAGAUCUGUCUUCAACCGCGAGAUGACAAAUCAGCUCAAAACAAAACUCCUGAAGGAAGGCCAGGAUCUGAAACAAUUUGACGCCGAGUUGGGGGCAGAGAAGAACGGUGCCCUCCAGAUUGCCCAGAAGGCACAAACCAAGUGGUGGACGACGACUCCGGAGUACAGGGGCGAAGACAGGAACAAGAAACUCCGCCAGCUUUUCGAAGUCAAUAAUCAAGCUAAAGAGUGUUUUCCACGGAAGUAUACGAACGAAGUGAUGCUGUACCCCGUGGAAGCAGCCCAGCAAGGCACAGGGUGUCAUGGCGCACCCUCAAACAGGCCCAAGCACGCCCUCAAGCACGCCCUGAGGUACAAGUUCCAUAGCCGCACGUUCCAAUUUCCGCCGAAAAAGGGAAAUGAAGCUUCACCGUCGGAGCAGCCCAAGAAAUACCUCAGGCUCUUUGGCAAGAAUUUAGAGCCUCAUAAACCAGAUGUCGCUGCACCCGCUGGCAGCGCUUCGCCAGCCAGGCCCGUGAGCGAUUUUCAAUGUAAUCCGACGACUGGGCAAGGGUAUCCAAUCAAUCCUCUGUGGUUCGAACACGGCUCGAGCGGCACAUAUCAUGCACCCUGCCAGCCAUACCUGAGCAACUUAGAGAAUGCACACCACGAGCAAGGCUCAGGCAGUUCGUUGUACCCACCGGACGCAUCUCCACCUUGGCUAAAUGUGCUGUCGAGCUCCUCCUCGAGCCCACAAAGUUCGCCUGAACGUGCCCGUGGGAGUCCCACCUUUAUGCGCGACGCUCGUCGCGCUGGCCAAGAGCGGUCGCAGUAUCAGCAAGACAUGAUGACAAGGCCCCGCCGACCCAGGAAUCGUGCUGCUGCUCAGGAAUGGGACGAAAGGAAGCGCGAAAUGGAAGAAAAGUACUUAAAAUCUGGCAUUCCAGCAGACAGCACUGGUCUAGAACUGCUAGAAGCCCAAAUUGGCAGUUGGGACAUAAGCCUAGACGAUGCUGUAAGAAAUGCGGCAUUUAAGGGGGCGUCCGAAGGUCAACACGGUACCAUGCGCUUAGGAAUGAAGACAAGCACCGACCAAGGAGAAUUACAUAUGCCCCUCGCCUGUCCGGAAUGGCCUAUGGAGUGGAGGAAAACCUUCAAUACGCACAUGGCAAGGCAGCUGAUAGGAACACUCGAGGACAGAAGGAUCGAUCUGGAAGAAUUUGAUCCUGCAUAUUCGAGAGGUUCGCGUAAUAUCCGCCAGAUUAUCCAGUUCGGUCAUAACAGGUGGUGGACAACUACUCCGGGGUACAAUGGCCCGGACAGGAAUGAGAGACUCCGCAGGCUAUUCGAAAUCAACAAACAAGCUAAAAAUGGCUUUCCAUCGAGCUAUCGGGAAGCGCUGUACCCCGAGGAAGCAGCCCAGCAAGAUUCGCCUCGAGCUCCUGACAUCAUAUUGAUUAUAAGCAAUCGCUUCAUCCCUCCUGACGACACUGGCUUGACUGUCUACCGUACACUCCCUGGUGACAAGGAAGGAUGA